AUGGCGGCAUCUCUCUUUCGCAACCGCCUGAAAUUUCUCAGUCCUCACCUUGGCGGAUCCCUCCAUCCGGCGGCCUCCUUCCUCUCUACGCAGCACAUCAGCCCGACCGUCCAGCUUCCGCCUCUCACAGCGACUCGACCAGCUGCCUACAGACGCUACUUUAGCCCGGGCGCCGCUCCUGAUACCAACUCCGAUGACGAAGACGGUGAAGAUUUCCCCACCAUCGCUCCGAUCCCUGGCUACGUUUGUAGUGGUCGGUUCCGCGCCGACUCCUUGAAGCUCAUCGGCUAUGGCGCCAAGUUCAAACUUGACCACGACGGAAUGUACAUGAAUGCUUUCCUUCCGGGAAUGAAAAGAGAAAAUGUGAAGGUGUCAGUCAACCGUGGGAAGCUGCGCAUUGAGGGCACGAGGAAAGAUUUUGAGGAGGAAGAAGAAGAGACCAAGAUGACCUACGACAGCCCCGAUGGCUGGCUACUGGAGGGUCUGUACGAUACCGACCACAUGACAGCUAACUUGAAGGACGGGGUUUUGAAAGUUUUCAUUCCCAAGAUCAGGAGGGCCAUCAAGGUUGAGUGA